CCCUGUCUAAAGGUCGACAAGUCGGCGGUUAGGUAUAAGAAUAGGCAAUGGCAACCUCCAAGACUCUCUCUCUUUCUGGUCCUCACCCUUGUCACCAAGUUUUUCAUCUCUACCCUCUUCCUCAUUCAAGUUCCUACUAGUUCUCUACUAGGCUGUGCUUAGUCGUUCAUUCUUCACUUUAAGCAGGCUUAUACCUUACCUUUCUUACGCACAUCUAACGACCUUUCCUCCACGACCAACCAACACACAUCAAGAUGAAAUACUCUCUCGUCAUCGUCUCGGCCCUGGCCAUGGGCACCUCCGCCCUCUACGCCCUGCCUCCGCCCCCGCAAAUCACCGCGGCCCCUUCCCUCAAGAAUCGCGCCAGCAACGGCACCACCUCAGGCAGCCUCCCGGCCUCGUCCGGCAGCAGCGCCCUUUCCGAAGUCAAGACCAUCGCAGCCGGUGGCUCCUUCGACGGAGGCAUGGUUUCGUACGACCGUGGUGUUAGCUGCACCGGCCAGGCUGAGGGUGAUGACUCCGACGCCGUUUUCGAGAUCGAGGAGGGUGGUUCGCUGUCCAAUGUCAUUAUUGGACCUAACCAGAUCGAGGGUGUGCACUGUCAGGGUGCUUGCACUCUGACCAACGUUUGGUGGGCUGCCGUUUGCGAGGAUGCCUUCAGCAUCAAGAACCAGGCCGCUGGCGACACCACCAUCAUCAGUGGCGGCGGCGCCUUCGGAGCCGAGGACAAGGUCCUGCAACACAACGGAGCCGGCACCCUGAGCGUGAGCGACUUCACCGUCGAGACCUUCGGCAAGCUGGUCCGCAGCUGCGGCAAUUGCGAUACCAUGUACGAGCGUCACUUCAUCUUGGACGGCAUCACCGCCACCGACGGCAGCGAGCUCGCUGGCAUCAACGACAACUACGGCGACACUGCUACUUUCACCAACAUUGUUGUCAGCGGUGUUGAUGACAUCUGUGUCACUUACACGGGCACUGAUAACAACGAUGAGGAACCCGUUGAGAACGGUAGUGGGCCCAGUGAUUCUUGCAUCUACUCUACUAGCGACAUUACCUCGUCUUAAGCACCUGCAUUACUUGGGCUGGCUCGAGAGCGAGCUGGUGGGAUGAGAGUUGUUGAUGGGGAAAAGGG